CGCGCCUAAAUACCGACAGAGAGAUUAAAGGGGGGCAGAUAAAACCGUCAGGUUCGGGUUCUGGAGCCGUUAAAGGUCUCUAAAGAGUUUGGAGACGGAGAAGAAGAAGCGCAGGAGAGGAUUUGUUGACAAAAUCACCAAGUUGGAGAAGCUCCUCCUCCUGCUGCUCCUCUCCGAGCCGGAACCUCCUUAAUUACUAAUUUCUCUCCAUCCAAGCCACGCUCCCUCUCUCUCUCCCUCUCUCUCUCUCUCUCUCUCUCUCUCUCUCUCUAUUCUCUCUCUCCACUCCUUCAUCCAUGCUCCUCUCAUCCUGACCCUCCUUCCUCUCUCCUCUCUGUCUCUCUUUGGUUUCCAGUCUGGAGAACGGAGGCGGACGAGCUUGGAGUUGUUGUUUGUUGUUGUUAUUUGUUUUUUUAUUAUUAUUAUUUAUUCCUCGUUUUUUGGGAGAGAGCCGCCACCGGGCAUGGAGGAUGUAAAAGACCCGCCGACCGUGCACCGGUCCUCCUCCUUCAGCAUCAAGAGCCUCCUGCUGCCCUCCAAGUGCGACAGAGCGGACUCCUCCUGCUCCGCCGCCGCCGCCGCGGUGCUCGGCAUCCCCGGGACCUUCUCUCCCUCCCCGGGCUCAGACUCUGACAAGUCUCUGGAGCCCCCGGAGGUGGACUCCACGGUUGUGGUUGCUGCUGCUGCUGCGGCUCUGGACCCGGAGAAACCGGGCAAGGAGGAGCAGGGGGACGAGGAGGAGGAAGGAGGAGGAGGAGGAGGAGGAGACGCAAAGGCCACGCCGGAGCAGAACACCAACAGCGGGAAAAACGGGAAAUAUGACAAGCCUCCGUUCAGCUACAACGCGCUGAUCAUGAUGGCGAUCCGGCAGAGCCCCGAGAAGCGGCUCACGCUCAACGGCAUCUACGAGUUCAUCAUGAAGAACUUCCCGUACUACCGGGAGCACAAGCAGGGCUGGCAGAACUCCAUCCGCCACAACCUCAGCCUCAAUAAGUGCUUCGUCAAGGUGCCGCGGCACUACGACGACCCGGGGAAGGGCAACUACUGGAUGCUGGACCCGAGCAGCGACGACGUGUUCAUCGGGGGGACCACCGGGAAGCUGCGGCGGCGCUCCGCCACCUCCCGGGGCAAGCUGGCCAUGAAGCGCGGGCUGCGCUUCGCUCCGCUCGGUCUGGGGAUUAACGAGCGGGCCAACAACCCGCUCUACUGGCAGAUCUCCCCGUUCCUCUCGCUGCACCACCACCACCACCACCACCCGCACUACAACGGAUCCUCGCCCGGCUUCUUGAACCAGGCGGCGGCGGGCUACGGCUCGCUGCUGCCCGCCGUGGAGCAGCUGAGUAACGGGGACCUGGGCCGCUCCAUCCUCGGCGGCUCGGUGGGUUUGACGAACAGUUACGGGAUGAGCACGUCGCCGGUCGGGCUGCUCUCCGGACAGACCGCCGGGUAUUUUGUCUCAGGGACCCAACACGCAGCGGCUCCGGGGCCCCCGGGAGGAGGAGGACCGGGAGGACCGGGGGGACCGGGCGCUCCGGGGCCGCCGCACCUCCAGCAGAGCGCGGCGGGCUUCGGGCUGUCGGACUCGCUGAGAAACGCCUCCUCCCUCCCGGCCUUCUCCCCGGGCGUGUCCGCGGGCUUCCCGGGGGUCCUGUCCCACCAAAAGAGGGUCACCCCCAACGCGUUCCUAAACUGAACUCGGGACCGGGACGCACGAGAGGCGUUAAAGGGCAAAUAAUAAAGUGGUAAAUAUCAAACAAUGAGCGCAAAAAAUAUAUAUGAAGUGAAAC